AUGGUUGCUAGACACUUUCGAUACGGAAACGGAGGUACUCAUGACCAGAAAAAGAUGCGAUUGAAACGGAUGUACGCGGUAUAUGCGGAUAUCUCGAUUUAUGCGUUAAAGAAAAUUCCUCACCUAUGCACCUCACGAAAAGGCGAAAAAUAA